GCAUCACAUAUGUACCUGGGGGCAUGCAUUUCGACUUUUGAGAUAGCGGUGGGGAGUCUCAAGGCUGGCUGCUCGCUCUUAUUUUAUAAAAUAAAAAUAAAUACAGUGAAUGCUCCUUUAUAAAAGUAGGUUGCUUCCUCUUUGUUUCCCACUCCCACUCAUAUUGGACAAAAAUGAGAGAGAAAGAGGAAGGAGCCCUAUCAAUUAUCUAUCUCCAUUCUCCAGUGAGUGAAGAUUCAGGAUAUAUUGUUUAAGGAAACCAGAUUAUAAUACUCACAAUGGGUAGCUGCUAUACAAUUAUCUUCCUUUCCCUCUGCACACUCUUGUUUAUCGCUAGCCGCAGCAGCAGAAGCGUUGAAGGCAGUUUAUUUUUAUUCCCAGUGAAAGAAGCAAGUGUUUCCGAUCUUCAGGCUGCUUUCCGGCAGAACAGGGUCAACUCCAGGCAACUCGUGGAGUUGUAUAUUGCUAAUAUCCAGAAGCUCAAUCCAGUUCUUAAAGCAGUGAUCGAAGUGAAUCCAGACGCGCUUGACUUGGCAGAUAAAGCUGAUGAACAACGUAAAAACAACAAGACAUCUCUGCUGUCGUUGUUGCAUGGUAUUCCCGUUCUUGUAAAGGACAACAUUUCAACCAAGGAUAAGCUGAACACAAGCGCUGGAUGUUGUGCGCUUCGUGGGUCAGUUGUUCCUCAGGAUGCAGGUGUUGUGAAGAAAUUGAGAAAAGCUGGGGCGAUCAUACUGGGAAAAGCAAGCAUGACCGAAUGGGCAGCUUUCAGGUCAGAUGCCAUGCCCAAUGGCUGGAAUUGUAGACUUGGCCAAGCUGUGAAUCCUUAUGUUGCAUCUGCUGAUCCGUCGGGUUCAAGCACCGGUUCAGCAAUAUCAGCAGCUGCAAAUUUGGUCACAGUAACACUAGGCACAGAAACAGCAGGAUCCAUCUUGAGUCCAUCCAAUGCCAAUUCAGUUGUUGGGAUCAAACCCACUGUAGGCCUAACAAGCCGAGCAGGUGUUGUGCCAAUUUCACAUAGACAGGACACCGUCGGCCCAAUUUGCAGGACUGUGAGUGAUGCAGUUCAUGUCCUAGACGUUAUUGUUGGAUAUGAUCCUGAUGACAAACAGGCAACAAAUGAAGCUUCAAUGUACAUUCCACAUGGCAGGUAUGCCCAAUUUCUCAAGGCUGAUGGACUAAAGGGUAAGAGAUUGGGGAUUACCAGGAACAAUGAUUUAGUUGGGUUCAAUGACGACUUGGAAACCUUGAAAGCUUAUGAACAACAUUUCACAACACUGAGGCAAAGAGGAGCAGAGUUGGUUGACAAUUUGGUGAUACCCAAUUUUGAGCUGCUAGAGCAUUCUGUUUUUUAUGCUGAAUACAUAGCUCUGAAAGCAGAGUUCAAGAUUGAUGUGAAUGCCUACCUUGGAAACUUAGUGGAAUCUCCAGUGCGAUCCUUGGAGGAUGUGAUUGCAUAUAACAAAAAAAAUGCAGAUGCUGAAAUGAUUGAGAAGUAUGGGCAAAAUAUACUGGUGGAAGCUGAGAAGACUAGAGGGAUAGGGAGAUUGGAAAGAGAGGCGCUUGCCAAUAUCACAAAAGCAUGCAAGGAUGGGUUUGAGAAGUUGAUGAAACACAAUAAUUUGGAUGCGUUGAUGUCACCUGGAUCAGAUGUAGCUUCCAUUCUUGCACUUGGAGGCUAUCCAGGAAUCAAUGUUCCAGCGGGGUACGAUAAAAAUGGAAUCCCAUUUGGUCUUUCCUUUGGAGGGCUAAAGGGCUCAGAGCCCAAACUCAUUGAGGUUGCAUAUGGGUUUGAACAGGCUACCAUGAUCAGGAAACCUCCUCCAUUUUAAAUUUUAAUCCACGGUACGUUAGCAACUGCUUGUUGAUUGUGUCAGGUGGUAAAUAAGUUACUAAUAACGAGUGCCUUCUUCUUGUAAGCACAUACUCUAAUUUGCCUAAAAUAUUGAGAAUAAUGACAUCGUUUGCUUCAUUCUCUUUC